AAUUAUCAACUUCAUAAUACUUUGCGAAAAAGACAAAGACCCACUACUUACCAGAAAAACUCUUAUUUUCUCUCAAAAGCAUUUGGAAAGAAGAAGAAGAAGAAGAAGGCUUAAAAAAGAAGGGGUUCAAAUGGGUUCGAGUAGCAGUCGACUGGGGUCGAACCCAUCACGGGGGAGACUUAACCACCGACCCAAAUGGUGUUCCAGGCUCUCCUCUCUCUUCAUCUGCGGUGGCUCUUCUUCUCAAGCCCCUCUUGAGAUGGAAGAUUAUCCAGCUGAAAUUCUGGUGAAGUCUGCAGAACACUGUGGUCCAGUUGGCAACAUGGUCCAAAGUCCCCUGGAGGAAUCUACUUCGAUCUGCAGUAUGGAAACAAGGUUCAGCAGCACAGGUACUGAAACUGGAAUUUCAGCUGAAAGCAGUUCUGCAGCCAGUGGUGAUCCAUCUAUUGAAGGUGGUUCAAGAGAUCUAGAAACAAGUAAUUGUAGGACAUGCUUGAUUGAAAGUACGGAGUUAGUUGCUCCUCAGGUAAGUGCUGAUUAUAGUUGUGGUGAAUCUCAUAGGGAUAGUAGUACUUCAGCUAGCACUUCCUUUAAAGAACAACAAUCUUCAGACCCUAUCUCAGUAAAUCUUUCGACUAAUGAGGAUGCAGUCAGUGGCUUUGAAAAUGCAAACAAGGGUGCAUCUCAGAUCCAUCCUGAGGCAAGUAUUUUGUCUCCUCAAGGGCUUGGAGAUUCACAUUUGCAUGGGAUACCUGUUGAGAAUCAGUUAAGUGAAGUAACAACAGUCCAUAACUCUGAUCCUGAUCCUGCUCCUCAUGCCUCUGAACCGGUGACUUUUCACUCACCAGGAGGUGAAUCCAUCAGAGAGGCAAUACCUUCAGGUUUAGGUUUUCUCGUAUCCAAUAGGGAACCAGGCCGGGGAGAUGGAAGUGUGCUUCAUGUUGACGUUGUGAGUAUCUCUUCCAAUAUUUUAUCUGGUGGCAGUGCUGAUACAAGUAAUCGUGAAGCCAGGAGGAAUAGUAGAAGAUUGUUUUGGGAUGCAUUUUCAAGACGCAGCUCUAGAAGACUUAAUGAUUCCUCAUCCAUUUUUCUUUCAACGGAUGAUAGUGAUGAUACAGGAUUUCAUGACAGAUGGCUUCUUGAUUUUAGUGGUGAUUUCUUUUAUGAUGGGGCUGGAGGUGAUUCCGGCUACCUCAGCAGUAGAAUUCACAGCUUGAAUGAACGAAGACGACACUCGAGAUCAGAGAUCUGGGAAAGGCUGCGUGGUGGCCAUGAUGAAAAUAGUCGGCGAACGACAUUUUGUCCAUCUGGACUCCACCCUGAUGGCACAUGCUCAUGUGAUUCUCUCUUGAUGACUGAUGAGUCUAGUGCCCGUGCAAGCAUAUCACGAAUAGUCAUGCUUGCUGAGGCUCUAUUUGAGGUUUUGGAUGAAAUUCAUCGUCAACCAGUAUCACUUUCCCUAUCUAUGGUGUCACUCCCGGCCCCCGAAUCUGUAGUUGAUUCUUUCCCUCUUAGAAGUCACAAAAAAUUGGAUGCAGCUGAGGGCGGGGAUGCUGUUGAACAGUGUUAUAUAUGCCUGGCUGAAUAUGAGGAAGAGGAUAAAAUAAGAGCUCUGCCUUGCCAGCACGAGUUUCACAUGUCUUGUGUGGAUAAAUGGCUUAAAGAGAUACAUGGGGUGUGCCCACUUUGCAGAGGUGAUGUUCGUCAGGGUGUGGAGUCCUCUGUCUCAAACUCGGAGAUUCCCUCUCUUUGAUAAAAUUGUACAUAUGAAAAUACUAAAUAGUAAUGGCUUCUUAUACAAAUGUUAAAAAUGUUGUAUCAACAGUAUUUACCAUGUUGUAUUUCCUAUAUGCCAUCGUGUAGCAUCUUUUCCUCAUGAUGCGAGUCCACGGGAUUAUUACAUAUAGCAAAUUGAGGAAAAUGGGAUUUUUCCGGCUUUGCAUUUUCCUCUGAUGGCUACAUCUUUAGCUUAACCAACAUGGGAGGACUAAUUCAUCAAGCCUAUGUGCACAGAUUGACCGAGGCAUGCUGCUGUUAAUUUGUGUUGUUAGAUAUCCAUAGAUGCUUGUUAUGGUACGAAUGUCAGUAAACAUUUAAAAGUUAACUAAUAAACAUAAAUGCUUACCCUA